GGGAGGCAGGCUAGGUCACUGAUAAGCUAUCUGACUAUCUUCCCCGGACAUUAGUCUGGAACAGUACAUUGUAUCCUUGAAUCUAGAUUCGUUUAUAUGUAUUCGAAUUGCCUGAAAAGGCGUUUCUCCUUUUUCUCAAAUGCCACGCCAACAAGUUAUUCGAAAACAAUGUCUUCGCCAUCAUCUAUAAUUCCUGGCCAUUCCGGUUCAAAGCUAAGUAGCCAAAUAGCAUGUUUGACAUGCCGGAGUGUAAAAUUAAAGUGCAAAAGCACUUCGCUCGAUGAGAAAUGUGAGCGGUGCAAACGAAAGUCGCUUGAAUGUAUAUUUGAGCAGCACCGAAGAGGAAGAAAGCCUGGGACAAAGAUAAGACGAAAAGCCCAGAGGUCAAAUGCACAAACUGGAAGCGGAAGUAUUGCCGAAUCACCAAAUCAACCUCCAAAUGCAAAUCUUCGUGAUGAGACAGAGCGACGAAUAUCUCCAAACUCCACACCAAGUGGUAUAUUAGAUACUUCUCCACCUCAAACCGCACAUUCCUGGAGUAACGAAGGGCUACAACAAGUUGGAAUACUAAGUAGGGAGGCACAAUUUGGAAAAUUCUCUCUAGAGAAUAUUCUUUCUGUACCGGAUGUUUUGAGACCUCACCCUCCACCGAGGUCACCAACCCUUACAGCAGAUAGCUUCAAUGAUCCAAUCACAUGUAACAUGCUUAGUUUCCCUGUUGCACUAGGUUUAUUCGAUAGUUUUAUGCGAUGUUUAAAUCCAUAUAUUUGUCAACUAGAUCCUAAACUCCAUACAUUUGAUUACGUUCGUCAACGUUCAUCAUUUCUUCUCGCUGCGAUUCUUUCAGCAUCUUCUAAAGCUUUUCAUCCCGCACUUCAUCCCACACUCAGGUCGCAUACCGAAAAUCUACUCGGCAGGGUGUUUACUAAGGGGGCUAAGUCCACAGAGAUUGUUCAAGCAAUACUGAUCUUUACUUAUUGGAAAGAACCAGCUGAGAUACGUACUUGGCUACUCGUUGGCUACGCUAUUCGCAUGUGUAUUGAGCUUGGGUGGCAUGAACUAAAACCUGUGACACAAAAGCCGCGAAUCUCGACCGAUGAAAUGAGCAUCAGGGAAUCUAGGAAUAUUGAGAGGACAUGGCUAGUAUUGUUUGUUUAUGACAGAAGCUUGAGCUUACAGCUUGACAAACCCUGGAUGAUAGACGAAAGCAAUCUGAUAUCUAAAGCAGGCGAAUGGUACCAAGAAGAAUAUGCUGUGCCCGGUGGUGACUUGCUUCUUUCCGCGUUCGUCUGUCUACGUUUAAUUAGUGCUGAAUUUCUUGAGCUUUCGUCAUCGACUAAAUCAGAUUCCCAAAAUUCUCGAUCAGAAAUUUUGUCCAAACUUCUCAACACCGAACUUAACACCUGGGAAAAGGAUUGGUUACCCAAAUUCGAAGAUGAAAUGGUCGCGCCUCCUCAGCAGUUCCUUGUCAACUUUUAUAGUCUGCAUCUCCGCCUUCUCCUUAACUCCUUUACUUUGCAAAAAUCCCUUAAGUCUGCAAGAAAGGGAUCUCCGGUGUCGAAAUCAGCACUGUGGCAAUGUUCAUCAAGUGCAAUCUGCAUGUUGGAGAAUAUAUCAAAAGUCAUUGGGCCUCUCAAACAGCUCUAUUUUGUGCAGGACUCUGUUCAUGUAAUGACUGCUUAUGCCGCCAUAUUUCUCAUUAAGUUGCUACUAUCUCUUCCCAAGAAUUUACGCUCAGAUCUCGAGAGCCAAUCAUUGCAGGCCAUUCUCCUCUCAUCCGACACCUUCUCGGAGCAAUGUGCUACACAAAUGACGGGCUGCGCAAUGCAAGCACGAUUUUUGAAAAAUCUCGUUGCGAAAUACCAUAGAUUGAAAUCUCACACUAGCAAUCAAGUCCGAGAUCACGGUGUUCAUUCGUAUCAAUCCGGCAUGCCAACGUCACUAGAGAGCCUCCACAGUCGAAUGAACACCGAUGUGGGUACAAGCUACCAAAUCCCUAGACCCAUGCAGGACACUGGGGAAUUGACAGACGCGACUUCAAUCAAUGGUAGCACGCCGGAUUUUAGCACGGAUUUGUUAAAUGAUAAGGAAAUUUGGGAUGGGUUGUUGACCGACGCUGGCUUUUGGAUGAGCGAGGGAAAUAUCUUAUCGGAUAACAGUCUUCCUCGUUGAAUUUUCAAAGAGUGUUGACUCGUAUCUCUUGAUUCGAUCUGCAAUCCGCAAUCCAGAUGUCACUAUCUCCAUUAUCGGUGUUCAAAAGUGGGGGGCGGGGGUUCUUUCGUGUCAUGCGGGGAACCUGGAAUAAUGACUAUUUAGAACGCCGAUAGCA